AUGUCCAUCGUUAGGUACUUUGACACCCUCGUUUGGCAAAGAACAAAACCCGACAUCAACCAAUCCCAUCUUCCACCCGACGUUCUUCACAUCGUAUUCAAACUCUACAAGUCAACCAUAAGAGCUUGGUGCCCUCGAGAAGAUGAUCAUGAUGUUCCAAUAGUGGUUCCAUAUUCACGAAGAAACCUCGUAUUUAUAACUCAAGAAACCAUCAAGGUCCCUCGUACCAUGCUAAAAUCUUCUAGUGCUACUUCCCUCGUGGUUGAUAUUCUCUCCAGCAUGCUUGUCCCCGAGCAUGAACAUCCAGCUCUUAUCGAAAAAAUAUUUCGUGUGCUUGUCGAAAAAUAUUCAUCCGACAAUACCAACACCAUGCUCCCCAUUGUUGUGGGCAUUAAUGAUGCGACUUACAUAACCACCAUCGGCGACGACGGUCAAACAAGCGACGAAGUUCUUGAUAGGGUUACGAGGGAAUCCACGCAAACAUAUGAGCCCAAGCCUAUCCCUGCAGAUAAAUUGAUCAUUGAGCAAUUGGAGAAGCUGAGGCUUGAUGACUUGGAAGAAAUUACCGGACAGAUGGCGUGCACCAUUUGCAUGGAGGACUUUGAGGGCGGUGUUGAAGUUAGUCGCUUGCCUUGCUUGCAUCUUUACCAUGGAGAUUGUAUUGUUCAGUGGUUGGAGACGAGUCACUUGUGUCCUUUGUGUCGAUAUCCAAUGCCUCCUGCUCAUUGA